CAUACCAAAAGUGUAAAUAUGUUAAAUGAUGCAUGUUAAAGUGAGCACUGUACAUCUCUUAACAAAGAAAUAUCAGAAGUACAGCAAUUGAACAUAAUUUUAAAUAAAUAAUGUACUACAUGUAUCGUAUACCAAGCAAUAAAGAGUCCUUUUCAUUUCAGAUGAACACAUUGGAAAAGCUGACGGAGAGGUCUGCACCAUUCACGUCACCAAUAAAAGUUAAAAUAGUAGCCAGGAGUCAGCAGAUGACCUCCAAAGCUGGUAACAAAUACAUGACAAUGUCAAUGGCUGACAGUACUGGUAUAAAAAAGGCUGCCCUAUAUGACGUAUCAUUGGCUGAUAAAAUGGAGGAAGGGAAGUCAAUCCUCCUAAGGAAUUACACUGUCAGUAAUGGCAGUGUAAUGGUUAACACCAAGUCCAAAGUGUCUAAUACAAGUGAGGUGAUGGUGGACAGAGAAAGAGAAAGGCAUGCCAGAGAAUUAAUAUACCCUCCUACAUCACCGUUUGUGAAUAUAAAGGAAGCACUCACAAUGCCAGUUGGUAGCAUGCUAUCAACAAAAGGACUAAUUGUAGAGGAAGCAAUGGUGAAAGUUGUUAUGGGUGAUGUCCCGAUUAAAGAAAUUACAAUUGAAGAAGAUGGCAAAAAGAUGAUUGUUAGCUUGUGGCGGCAACACAGCGCGAAUGAAGAAGUUGCCAUUGGGAAGUUUGUCCAGAUAGAGAACAUUGCCAUCAAAAAGUAUAUUGGCAGCAAUGUCGGAAAUACAACUACUAGAACAAACAUAAUAAUAGACAUAUCUCCACCAGAAAAAACCAUAUUUGUGAGGUGAUAGGGUACGAAUCAGAUGAAGAAUGCUUAAUUCUGAAUUGCUUAGAAGCAGAAAAUGUGAUAGACAUAAAGGUGGCAAGGACAAUUCUGAGGAUUUGUUUUGAGGAAGAUAUGCCAGAGGCUGUUCUUGACAGAACAAUGCCAAUAACAGUUAAAAUAACAGAAGUUUCCGGUGUUGCAACAGACAUUAUACAAAUAUAACUUCAUCAACAUAAUCAAUACAUUUUACAACUUUUAUUGCAUCAACAUGAUCAAGACAUUUUACGAAAUUUUACUGAAAAGUCCCAGUUUUAUUAUAACAAUAAUUAUCUCUAUAUG